UCCAUGGUGUAAACGGUGCGUUGGAUUCAGAGAGGACAGAGAAGCGGAUCUGCUGCAUCCUCUUCCCCGACAAUCUGCUAGGGCACUGCAUUCUGCAGCCAGCAACAAGACGAAGCUUAGGCGCUGGUUGAAAUUUCACGUUAUCGGUCACAUUUCGUAGAUUCUAUGGCUACCAUAAGAAGUAUGAAGAUCAAGACGAGUACCUGCAAACGCAUUGUCAAGGAGCUUCAUUCGUAUGAGAAAGAAGUUGAGAGAGAAGCUGCCAAAACAGCCGACAUGAAGGAGAAAGGAGCUGACUUCUAUGACCUUAAGCAGCAGGAAAAUGUACUGGCUGAAUCUAGGAUGAUGAUUCCUGACUGCCGCAAUCGCCUAGAGGCUGCAUUAGCAGACUUAAAAGGAAUAGUGGCGGAGUUGGAGGAAUCAAACGAGAAGGAAGGCCCUGAAAUUGAUGAAGCUCGUAACACCAUUGCUGAGAUUGAGAAAUUAUUUGAAACAGCUGAAGCUUAGCAGGGCGGCUUUGUUGAUGCCUUCAAUGCAAGAUAUUGGACCUGUAUUUUAUAGUCUCCAGGUCAAACAUCAACCAUACCUAGUGGCCUCAUGACCCAAGAAAAGACCUUGCUUUUAUGAGCUAUGAAACUCAGAUGAUUCCAUCUUGUCUAUUAGUGUUUGCUACUUUGAAAAUGGGUUAGCCUACCUGUUCUUUAAGCUUGUGAAGUUUUUUACACCUUGGUGAGCUUAUGUGUGAAUCUUUUUAUCGUAAGGUUGCUAGGCGCGCGAAUGGCAACCACACGACUAUCUUGACUUCUAUUUCAAACUUCGAAAGAGUUUGAUAUGCUA